AUCUCAAGCCUGAAUCUUCUGUUCACCGCUUUGGCAGACUCUGGCGCACCUCCAUGAUGUUCUUCCGGACUAUUCCGAAUCUCCGGAUCCCGUAUCUUGGCCUGGACUACGGUAUCUCCAUUAGGCAGACACGACAGGCCGCAUGGGCUGAGUGCGAUGGGUUACGAGUGGCUAUGCGCAUAAGGUGUAAGAGGAGAGAGGAUCGUGCGUUUUCGUCGUCAGUCUGGUCGCAAUUUCUAAACGCCCGCGCAAUUCUGCAUGACGGUCCCGCGCUUCUGGCCGACCAUCAAGUGACAUUGCCAUCAGGGCCACCUGUAAGGCCCCGUGAGCAGAAGACGACCCCUCCUCUGUGGUGUUUGGAUAGAUCGGUUUUGGACGUCUGAUCUUCUGGCGAGGGCAUAAGGCGGGUGCGCUGCAGGGCCGAAAUCAUAUACACUCAUAUACACUUCUCUCUCUCUCCAACCGCCGCUGUCGCCAUGGGCCUUGCCGAUAUUGCACGACACAAACAUGCGUACGCUAUCGCAGCUUCAGCCGCGUUGGGUUCGAUCUUCUACGGCUGGGACAUCGGCAUCAUCGGCGGCGUGCUCACGCUCCCGUCCUUUAAGAGCUACUUCAAAAUCAACAGCAUGAGCAAGUCCGCGCAGGCUAACCUCUCUGGAAACAUUGUCUCUGUGCUGCAAGGUGGAUGCUUCUUCGGUGCCUUGUUUACAGGUUAUCUCUCCAACACCUUUGGGCGCCAGCCAAUCCUGGUUGUAUCCGGCGUGAUUUACCUCAUCGGUAGUUUGAUCCAGGCUCUUAUUGGCCUGGGCACGUCCUCCGACGUCGCCCUUCGCCUGUUCUACUUCAGUCGCUUCUUUGCCGGUCUCGGUGUUGGCAUGGUGUCCGCAUUGGUGCCCACCUAUGUCUCGGAGUGUGUCCCGAAGUCUAUCCGUGGACGCUGCACGGGCAUGGUCCAGCUCGCAAACAAUAUUGGCAUCAUGUUGAGCUACUGGGUCAACUAUGGCGUAAGCCUGAAUCUCUCUGGGACGGAUAAUAUGCAGUGGCGUCUGCCUCUCAUUAUGCAGCUCAUUCCCGGCGUUCUCUUUGUCACUUCAAUGCUCUUCCAACCUGAAUCCCCACGCUGGCUCGUCGAGCACGGAUACUUCGACCGCGCAGCCAAGUCUCUUGCCCGUGCUUCCGGUGCUCGUCCGGACAGUGACACUGUGCUCGCAGAGCUCAUAGAGAUCAAAGCCGACUUCGAGGGCAAGGAGAAGACGUCCAUCCUCAGGCAAUUUGCCCUCAUGGUCGAGUCACGCACGACCGCGCUGCGCUGCUUCAUUCCCUCGCUCGUCAUGUUUUUCCAGCAGGCCACCGGCACAAACGCUAUCAACUACUUCUCGCCUGUCGUCUUUGCGAACCUAGGCAUCUCAGGCACAACCUCCGGCCUGUUCGCCACUGGCGUGUACGGCGUCGUCAAAACCGUCUCUGUCGCGCUCGUGCUCGCCUUCGCCGUCGAGAGUCUCGGGCGCAAGCGCUGCCUGAUCAUCGGCGGGCUGGGCCAAGGCCUCAUGAUGCUCUGGAUCGGCGGCUUUUCCGGCGUGCAUCCUCAGCCAGACAUUGUGCCCGCAUCGUACGUCUCGAUCGUCGCGGUGUACCUCUACGCAGUCUUCUACUGCGUCGGCUGGGGCCCGCUGCCCUGGGUUGUCGCUGCCGAGGUCGCACCGAACCACGUCCGCGCCGCGUCGCAGUCACUCGCAAUCGGCGUAAACUGGCUCUUCUCGUUCACGGUCUCGAAGCUGACGCCGAUCAUGCUCGACCGCAUCACGUACGGCACGUAUCUCGUUUUCGGCGUCUUUUGCGUCAUCAUGGCGUUCUGGACGUACUUCUGCCUCCCGGAGACGAAAGGAUACGCCCUCGAGGACAUUCGCUACCUCUUUGAGCACGACACCAUCGUGCGCGCGAUCCAGGACGCUCCCGGAGGGCGGUUCUUACUGGGCUCGAAGCGGGCACCGUCGGUUGAGGAGCUCAAGGCACAGGACAUUGUGUCAGAUGAAGAGAUUGCACAAGAUAACAAGGAGGAAUACUUGGAAGUGUAACUGCAGCAAUCUGCUUAGUAUGCUCACGACGUGCCACUGACGAAUGAUAUCCAUAUGAAGUAUGAUCUCUGCGUAUAUUACACUGGGGUCUAGAUGUAUGUAAAAUAGCAUGGCAAGCACCAAGAUUUUGUUGUACAUUAGGAAGGGACGAUAUGAACAUGACUUGCA